AAAGAAACCAAUGGAUAUCAAUACGCUAGUGGAUAUCAAGGUCUAACAUACGAUGCCGCCCGAUCGCACUCAACGGCUUGUGCAAACUGCUCCCAAUCUAAAUGUAAAUGUGUCACGAGACCUGGUAACCAGGGCUGUGAGAGGUGUUAUCGUCUGAAGAAACCUUGCCUACCCGGCGACUCGACUCGUACUCUCAACGCCGAAAAGAACAAUCCCAAUUUUCGCAUAGCUCGUCUGGAAGGGAAACUCGAUGGUCUUGUGUCCCUACUGGGUGGAGGGCAAGUGGCGUUGAACGCCCAUAUUACCCCGCCUGCCUCCACUUCGAUCGCGAUCUCCCCUCUAUCCACUACAAGUGGAGCCUCAUCGACCUCAGCCCUAACCUUGAAUUUGUCGCCGGAAGCAUGUUUGGUCAAAUUUCGCACCUACAUGCUCAAAUAUUUCGCCUUUUUGCAUAUUCCCGACACGGAAUUUCUACGCCGAGAACGACCGUUCUUGUUCCUCUGUAUCAUGGCUGCAGCCGCCCCAUCAACGCAAACAAAGAUUGAACUAGGAGAACAAAUUAAGCAGACCUUAACAGAUCGCAUCUUUCUAGACAAUAAUUUGAAUGCUAUCAAUAUCGACCUACUCCUCGGGCUAUUAACAUUUCUCGCUUGGGGCCAUGACCAUCUGCUUCACGGCACUGCGGCGAGAUUGUCACGUUUUACGCAGCUGGCUAUGUCGGUGGUAUUCGACCUCCGUCUGAACAAACCACUACCAGAUGACCCAAAUAUGCUUCCAGUCAGGGGAACUUGCUUGGUCUCGAAUGCUUCGGCUAGAUCUCUCGAGGAGAGACGUGCUGUCCUGGGGUGUUUCGUAAUGAGUUCAAUUGUUUCAUCGUACUUUGCGCAGAUCGACGAAAUGCGUUGGACGCCGUAUAUGACAGAAUGUCUAGACGUCUUGAGUCGAAGCACAGAGUCCCCCUAUGACGAGAUGUUUGCACAUCAAGUCAGACUGCAGCGUGUUGCAGGAGAGGUAGAGAGCGCAAAACUUACAUUGACAAGUCCACCAUCAUUCUACCUACCAGUUUUUCAAACGAAGGUCAAUGAUAUUAAGACAAAAAUCCCACCACAUUUGCAGCAAGAAGUACCACUGCUGGCUUCAGUCUAUUACGCAGAAUUAAGUAUGGUUGGCUUGGCACUGUCCAAGAAGGAUAGCUGCGAUUUUGGCUUUCAACGAACCGACUGUCUCUACGAAUUUCUCAACACAGCCAAGCUCGCCUUUGAAAACUUCUUUAAUAUCCCUCUCGUCGAAUACUUCGGUCUUUCAUUUCCAUUCUUUACACAACUUGCCCGUUACCUCAUUGUCUUGUCUAAGUUGUCAACUCUGAACGAUCCCAGUUGGGAUACGAGUCUUGCACGAUCGACGGUUGACGUCUUGGAAGUAAUUGACCAACUGCUCAGCAAUAUCCAGCGCGCAAAGGCUGCGGAGAGCGAGGAGUCUACUGGGGGUGCGCUCGACAAAUCAACGGGGAUAUUCACAUCGUUGAGAGGUUGGUGUGCAGCAAAGCUUGCAGAAGGUAGUGUCGGAAGCGUGCAGGGUGAUAAUACUAGCUUUCAACCGGAUGUGAAUAGUGACACGCAGUUUCAAGCGCUGUUUCUUGAAGAUUCGUGGUGGAGGGAUAGUUUUGAUGUAUUUUUGCAGGGAAAUGAUUUUCUUUGA